AACAAUAUUGAAUUCUAAUCACAAAUGCAAAUAAAUAUCAAAUGCAUUCGUAUUUUUUCUGCACUGUGUAUUCUGAAUGUUUAAUUGCUCGGUCAAAUAUUUAAGAAAUAGAAGUUGGAAAGACUAGCUCUGACGAAAUCAUUGUACCUGAUAGGUUGCAAACAACCGAUUCGUGGAUAACAGACUCAGGGACUGAAAUGAAACUUAAAAAGAACAUGUGCAGUGAUUUGACUGGAUACAGUUGCACAUUUUAUCGAAACUUGUCCAGUUUAUUUCCAAAGUAUUUGCUAUCAAAUCGGAAAGUGCUGUCUUUUGAUGGAAUAUACGACGUAAAUUCGAUUAUAGCUGAUGUUUCGAUUGAUGCAAAAUCGUGUUUGGAUUAUUCCGUAAACUUAAGAUUUGGACAUUUAUUAGGAAACCACUCCAGACCUGUUUGUGGAUUUUGGGAUUUCAAUGCUUCGAAUACUGUAAAUGGAGCGUGGUCGCCUUUGGGAUCACUAGUAGCUGAUUCUUCAGAAUCUUACACAAUCUGUGAAUACAAUCACACCACGAAUUUUGGCGUACUGAUGAGCCCAGGAAGGACACCAUCGCCUCACAAAUUUCCUUUGAGCAUGAUUUCAGCCAUAGGAUGUGGUGUAUCCAUUCUGUUUCUGACCGUGACAAUAGUCGUUCAUUCAGUACUUUGGAGGUAUGUAAGAAAUGAUAGAACAAAAACACUAAUGAACUUAUGUGUAGCUUUAAUUCUGUCUUAUGUCCUUUUUUUGGCUGGUAUAAAACGAACAGAAACUAAGGCAGUCUGUACAGCGGUCGCAGUAGCUCUACAUUAUAUGUUCUUAACAAACUUUGCUAUGAUGCUAGCAGAGGGUAUUCUUAUAGUGAGAAUGGUUAUUAUUGUUUUCCAAACAAAAUCUAUUGUGCAUUGGUUGCUGCCUGCAUGUUGGGUUGUUCCAGGUGUUUUUGUCGGCAUUUCUGCUGGUGUGACUAAACUAAAUGGGUAUGGUAACGGACAAUUUUGUUGGUUGACUCUUGAGUCAAACCUCAUAUGGGCGUUCAUAGGACCAGCAUUACUUGUAAUUUUGAUCAAUUUUGUUAUCAUUGUCUUAACGGUACAUAAAAUGAUGACCACUAAAGGGUUAGCUAGGAAAACAUUAGAGGAGAAAUCUAGGAUUGGUUUCAAAAGUAUCUGUGUGAUUUUGCCGUUAUUUGGAGUAACAUGGGUACUUGGUGCAUUUUCUGUAAACGAGGAUUUGGUUAUGUUUCAAUACCUUUUUGCAAUCUUCAACUCCUUACAGGGUCUUUUAAUUUGUUUAUUCCACUGUUUUCUUAACAAAGAGGUCAGACAGGGUUAUCAUCAUUACCAAAGACGCCGAAGAGCCAAUCGAUCAAAUAUUAUAGUGUCUACUGAUACUUCUAAUUAUGAUAAACAUAAAAGACAACAAGGGAACAGCAACGGAAUCUCUAAACAGAGCAAAAAUUAGAAAACAAAACAACGUUUUUAUCUCAAAACAAAUGUGUGACAAUGCAUUAAAAUAUUUGUAUAUGCUCAACUGAAUUUGACUUUUUAAAGUUUUGCCUAUCAUUCGAUAAAUAUCGAACUGUUUUAUCAAAUGAUAACGAAAUAAAAGGCUGGCAGUGAUUUCAGUGAUACAUCCGGACAGACCGGUGUUUAAUUGUCGGAUUGUGACCCUCAUUGUUACACAAAAUCAUGACAAAAUGACUGUCUUCUAACCUAAAUGGUCAAAUUUAGCUAUUUAGCAAUUUUUUAAUGUAAUAACGAACCUCGUUGUGACCUCGUCAAAUGAAAGGUUUUAGUUAGUGCAUUUAAUAACUGGUAAUUCGUUAGUCUGUGUCUAUGAGUGAAGAACUAUGCCUAUUUUCUUUGAAUUAUGUUGUGUUUCCUGAAUGUUGCUUAUAUUUACAUCUGUAUUACUUUUUUGUACAUCUUAUAGUGUCUCAUCUUUGCCUAAACUUCAUAAGUAUUGUGCCAUUUAUUUUAUUUCCUGCAAUUAAGAGCCAUAAAAUACCAUUAUUUCAUUGGUCGAGACCAUCUUGCUAUAUUCUAAAUUUUAUUGUUAGCUGGUAUAUUUCACUCACGUUAACAUUAAGAUAAGACAUGGCACGGUACUUGUCUAUCCCAAAUUCAUGUAUUUGGUUUUGAUGUUAUAUUUGUUAUUCUCGUGGGAUUUUGUCUGAAGCUUGGCCCGUUUCUGUGUGUGUUACAUUUCAGUUUUGUGUCGUUGUUCUCCUCUUAUAUUUAAUGCGGUUUCCUCGGUUUUAGUUUGUUACCCCGAUUUUGUUUUUUGUCCAUGGAUUUAUGAGUUUUGAAAAGCGGUAUACUACUGUUGCCUUUAUUUACACCGUUUAUGUGUCUAGCCUACGACUUUGAUCGUAAAAAGUUCGACAGAUAGAUAGUGUUUCGACGGCGGCGUUAGUUUAUCUCUUAGAAGCAUUAAAGUUUAGAAUGUGAAAGACCUGGAUGUUACAUACUUUAAAUAUAAUUAUCUUAUGUUACGAAGUUUCCAUCUGUAACAUGUCCAUUGUCAUUUAUAACAAACGGAUUACUAUAUCUGGUACAAUGUAUGUGCGUACCUUGCAAGGUCUUCAUGUCCGUCAUAAAGUUUUCACUUGACCUCGACCUCAUUUCAUGGAUCAGAUGCUGUACGCAAUAGGUGUUAGUAUAUUUGGUGUAUGAAAGGAUUGUACGGUGUACAUGUCCAACUGGCAUACGUCAUCUGACCUUGCCCUUAGUUUCACUGUUCAAUGGUCAAAGUUAAGUUUUAAAGCUUUGGUCUUUUUUUCUUAUACUAUAUGCCACAGGUGAACUGCAUGUAGAAAUAUUUUCCGAUGUACAUGUCAAUCGCACCGGUCGUUUUAUUUUAACUCUGCCGCAUUUUACCAGUUUAUUUUUCGAGUUAAGGUUUAGUGUUUUAGUCUGGGUUUUUUUCAAGUAAAAGCAAUAUGUCAACUUUAUUUGUGGAAUUGAAGGAUUAUAAGUGGACAUAUCUGCAUGACAUGGUUCAUCUGACAGUUACCUCAUUGUCAUGGUUCACUGGUCAUGCUAAUGUUUUUUUGUUAAGUCUGUUCCGUAGAAACAAUUAUCAAUAGGUCAAUUAUAGUUAGUGUAUUGUAUUGUAUUGUAUUGUAUUGUAUUGUAUUGUAUUGUAUUGUAUUGUA